AUAAGAGAGAAUAAAAGAGAGGAGAGAGAGAUGGGCAAGGUGGGAUGGCUUCUUAAUCUUCUUAGCCAUGCCAACAAGCAAGAAGGUGUGGAGAAUCUUGACAAAAACGGUACCGUAGAGGCCUCAAGCAGUGGGUUUAAGAUGCCGCUGCAUUACCCAAAAUACACAAAGGAUGAUUACGAGAAGAUGGAAGAGUGGAGAUUGGAUUUGCUUCUAUCAGACUACGGACUCCUUGCCUUCCAUGACAAUACUCUCCACGAGAAGCGUGCUUUUGCGAUGGAAACUUUUCUAUGGCCUCAUCCGUAAUAUAGUAUCGGAGGGAGAAUUUUAGAGAGACGACAGAUCGGAGGAGUUGAAUUAAAAACCGGGAUAUCAUUCUACCGAAAAUAUUAUGGGAAGAUUCUGCUUUAUUUAUCAUUCUUGAUACUAGCUCAUGUUCUUUUCUUUUCGAUCUAUUUAUGUUUAAUAUAUAAGUUUUGACUUUGUAUGUAUAUUUUGCUCAAUAAAAAUGUAGUUCUAUA